AUGCGGUCUGUAUAACAUUUUCUACCUUUUCGGACCGAGAUCUAGCGUACGAGGUCUAGGGUUAAGUUUCCACGUUUUUAUCGAAAUCGUAUUUCAUCCACACUUGGAUUUAUUAGUUUUAUACAGUAUUUAUUAAAAUGCCUCCUAAAUUUGAUCCUAAUGAAAUUAAGAAAGUUUAUUUGCGAUGCGUUGGAGGAGAGAUAGGAACAACUUCAUCUCUGGCUCCAAAAAUUGGUCCUCUUGGUUUGUCUCCAAAAAAAGUUGGUGAUGAUAUUGCUAAAGCUACAACCGACUGGAAAGGAUUAAAGAUUACAGUACAGUUGACAAUUCAAAACAGACAAGCCACAAUUUCAGUAGUUCCAUCUGCUGCUUCUUUAAUCAUCAAAGCAUUAAAGGAACCUCCAAGAGACCGUAAAAGACAAAAAGAUAUUAAACACAAUGGAAACUUGUCAUUUGAUGACAUACUCUCUGUUGCUCGAACAAUGAGGCCAAGGUCUAUGUCAAAGUAUCUUAGUGGUACUGUUAAAGAAAUCUUAGGAACAUGUCACUCAGUUGGAUGUACAGUUGAAGGCAGACCACCUCGUGAUCUCAUUGAAGAUAUCAACAAUGGAGAAUUACAAGUCCCUGAUGAGUGAUAUGAUAUAUCAAAUGGAGCUUUUUAAAAAAUAAAAGUUUUAAAAUUGAA